AGGAAGUUGAGCCGCUUCGCUGUUUUUGUGGACAGCGGGGUUCGACAUGGCAACAGGAGUUGUUGUAAUAGACGGCCAUGUUCGAAUGUUGAUGCUUUUCCUUGAUCCUUGAAAAUCGGUGUAUAAAUAUAUCAAUAUGCCAGAGAAAGUUCGUCUCGCUAAUAUUCACGAAGCUGUCCGUUAUGGCGAUGUGUUGGAGCUUCAAAGCAUGGUUCAACGAGGAGCUGGAAUCAACGAUGUUGAUUCUAAGUUUAAGUUCACUCCAUUACACUGGGCAGCUCAUCAUGGAAGUUUAGAGUGUUUACAUUGGUUACUUUGGCAUGGAGCUGAUCAUUCAGACAAAACUCCCCAGGGAUGGACACCAUCACAUCUGUCAGCCAUCAGAGGACAAGAUGCUUGCCUACAGGCUUUGGCUGCAAAUGGUGCUGACCUCAAUGAGAAGGACAAUCGAGGUUGUGCUGCAGCCCAUCUUGCUGCAGCUCAUGGCAACUCUUACUGUCUGCAGUCAAUUCUGCGGCAUGGAGUGGUGAGUGGCUGUUAUGUAAAUUAUUUUAGUUAUUAUUUUGUUUCAAAUCUCAUUCCUACCAUUUCCAGGACAUUAANUUUUUUCUUUUCCUUGCCUUUGGUGUCAUUUUUUCUUAUUUGCAUAAUGUCUUUUUUAUUCAUCUGUUUCAUUCAGGGUGACACACCUAAGAAUCUUUGCCAGCAAUUCUACAAAAAGGAUUGUAUUGAUUACCUGAAUGCAGUAGAAUACGACCUGCUACAUCCUGAAGACGAGGAAAACCUGGCUUUCCCGGCACAUGUCGCAGCAUACAAUGGUGACCUGGCCCAGCUGAAGAUGUUGAUAGAGACUGGGGUGGUUUCUGUGAAUGAGCGAGACGACAAAGGAUCUACUCCUUCGCAUAAAGCGGCAGGAAAUGGCCAUGUGCAAGUUUUACAGUGGCUUGUUGAAAAUGGAGCAAACUGUGAGUCAUUUUGCGUGCGAAGCCCUUGUAAAGUAAUUAUUAGAGAUGAUGAAGAAAACCUUGUAGAUGAAGGAGCCGAAGACUUCAAGCCUUCCGAAACACAGUCCAAAGCUGAAGCUAGAGGUCGGGCAAAGCGUAAGAUUGACGAGCUAGCUCACCUGUUGGACGUGGCUAAAAUGAACUACAGACAGUUGGGAGGCGUGUUAGAUGAGGAUCAGAAGAAACAUGAAGAGGAGAGAGAAAGUGCCAGGGUUAUCCGCGAGCUUGAGGCUCAGCUUGAGUAUGAGCGAGAAAAACGAGAGAAACUUGAAGCCCAAAUGGACAAACUGCGGGCUCAGAUUCACACUCUGACUCUUCAGCUGGAGGAUGAGCGUAGCAGACAUGUUACAGCGUCUGAAUUUCAACGAUCUUCCACCACAAAUCAACAGACCGCACUAAGACGCAAGAAAAAGAAAAACAAGCGACUAGAUACAACAACUAGUGGGAUAUUCGUCAGAAGAGGAGUGUCGAGUCCAAGAAUCAUUCACAGCCUCGAUAAAGACUGAACGAUCACAUAAAAAAAUAUAUUCAAAUAUUUAUGAAAUCUUCUUUCCCUGUAUAUAGUGAUGAUUGAUAUUUUGUACGCAAAAAGUUGUUUUGAAUGUUGUGGUCUUUCUUUUAGCCUGCGUACGAAUGGCUACACGGUUUUAAUUUUUCCUCCUUAUCACCUUUGUGCUUGAAAUAUGAAGUUCGAAUAUAGACAACGAGUACGGUCCCACUUUCGCUCAGUCCGUCUUGCGUGACGCGAAAGAAAAAAUAUAGCCACGUGUAAUCCUGCCAUUUUUUCCUUGCGGUUUGUUUACAGCCUCGCUUGACAGACUAAGUCCAAAUAAAACGAAUGCUAAGCCAUAGCCAAUCACGAUUAACGUACAGAAUACAACAAACCAAUGAAAACAUGAAACAAAUACACUAUACCAGCGUCAAGCGCGGCAGAACGGGAGCGAUCAAGUCGCGAUUGAUGGUCGAGGGGGAAGGUUGUUUUGCAUCUCAUUGGUUAGAUAAGUAUCGCGAGGUUUCUAAACCACUCACAUUUGUAGUAAAGCAAAACCAAUGAAAGCAAUUUUGAAUUACUAUCGAUACUCCACUAAAAAUUACUCUGAAGAGAAACCGGCUGUUUAUUAACUUGAUUGUGAGGGUUCGUGGUUUGUACAAUAUCUCGAAGAGUGUCUCAGACUGGCUAAUUUGAUCGCCCGUUUGUGAAGUCAAUAUUUAUUUCACACGGACUCAUAAAAUCUUAUAUAUAUAGACUUGUAAAUACGCAGUAGUAAAUAAUCGUGCGUGAUUUGUGUGUUUUACACUGUCUUUAUUUGAUAACUCAGUAAUGAUACAAUAAAGGUACGAAGAGUCUAA